AUGCAUCGAAUCUUGCUCUUAUGCUUUGCCGGCGUUGUUGCUGGUCUUCAAACCAAUGUCGACUUGACACCCUACCUCAACAACAAGGCUGCCUCGACAGAUGGACAGCUUGCAAGCUUUGAUGGUCAUAAUAGUAAGCUGACUAUCGACCAGUAUGCUCUGCCCAACUUUUCUGAUCUUGCCACUAACGACAACAUUAAUUGCAGCGGCCAAAUAAUUGGUGUUCCGCCAGGAAAAUACCACUCAUUCAAUUUUCUCGGUGCAACUGAUGGAACAUCCUAUGUUAAUGGCGAAUUUAUGGCCUUGUAUGACGACAAUACCACAGAAUUUCUAGGUUUCGUUGUAGCACCGUGGUGGCUGCAGAAUCCUUCCAACGGGCCUAUUACUGCGCCCUUCUUAAAUAUGGGCUUGUCGAACGGAACGACGUGCAGGAACUAUAACAUCUCACGGAUGUUCACUUUUCAGCAUCAUACUGAUAACUCAAAGGUUCUCACUGGAGUCGUCUUGCCGAGGGACACAGGAACAUCGCAGCUUACAGGUGUUGUUAGUAUUCAUGUGUUCGCCAUAACCCUCAUCUCUGCAGACAUGCCUCCCUCUGUUCGACGACCCUCUUUAUACGUUCAAAACGUGCGAAGCACUACCAAAUUCCAAACCCUUGAUGGCAACGAAAUUCAACUCUUCGAAAUCACGCUUAACAAUUUCGCCCCCAGUACAGCAGGUGCCGAGGCCUGGAUCACACAUGAUAUGAGCAUAGUGGUUGCUUCCAACUCUUUAGAAACGAUGAUUCCUGGCACUAUUAGGCGUUUACGUGGAGGCGAUCAGGCUCGUUUCUUGGUAGGCGUCGUCAACAAGGACAGUAUCAAGCCAGGAACCCCCAUUUCUGACGUCCAAGUACUCAUUGAUGGACGACCAGUGGGGAAUCAAUGGGACGCCAUCGCUGGCAUCCCCGAUUUCUACCCUGGAGACGACAGCUUGAUGACCCAUGAGAGUGCCGAGUGGUUUGAUAAUGCAAAAUUCGGACUCUUUGUUCACUGGGGCAUCUAUUCCGUCCCCGCGUGGACUGUCCGGGACGCAGUACGCAGAAUGGUAAUCACUACUAAGCACCACGAUGGCUUUGCGCUGUUCGACACUGGAAAUUCAUCUAAUAGGAACUCUCUCCUGCAUGGACCAAACCGCAAUUGCACACUGGAGUACGUUGACGCAAACGGUCCCAAUCUUGUUUUUCUCAUUGUUCCUCAAUUAUACUUCUCACUUCCGGAAUGGUUUAACCCUGCUUUCGCCAAGUACGGCCAUGCUGAUGGGGGAGACGAUCUGUAUCACAGGCGGGACGCGGAAGAAACUCCUGGCUACAACAUUCUCCAACGCACUGGGUUCGCCGGUGGUCUCGCGCAAAAUGCAUACAAUUCAAGCGAGCAUGAGCCAUACACAGGUUACAUCGAAGUGGACGACUUUUUGCAAGAUAUUAUGAGGCCACAGAUGGAAGCGCUGUUUUAUCAGUUUUAUCAGUACGAGACUGAUAUUCUUUGGUGCGAUAUUGGUGGGCCAACCGUUUUCCCGGAUAUUGGUAGGGGUGGGAUAUAUUCGUGUCUUUCUAUGCUGAACCAAGAGAUGGUAGCCCCGAGAUGGUUCAACUGGGCCAAAGGAAACGGUAGACAAGUCAUCACAAACGCCCGAUGCGGAGCGAACUAUUCUGACUUUGGUAACUGCGAAAAUGGGAAUCGAGUGAAGGUUCUGAUCCCUACUCGUAUGGUUAUAAUCAAGAUACCCCCGAUGCUAAUUACCGGAAUGCGACAAUGGCAACUAUCUCAUCGAUAUUGGUCCUACAGCAAAUGGAACGGUCGUGUCCCCAUCGAGGACUUCCUUGCUCAAAGUUGGGGAAUGGCUCAAGUUUGCGUAAAAUCUCAGUCUUCUGUACGCGAUGGUAUCCAUUACUUAUCCUAUCCUUCUAGGGGGGAGGCAAUCUACGACACGCAGUAUUGGUAUGUGACCGCCGAGGAAGAUGACCUCCGCUUUGUGAGCUUGUCCGUCCCUGAGUUUAUACCAUGGCUGAGCCCAUAUCAGACUACAAAACCGGAUGCUUUCUAUAUCAUUUCUCUUUCUUAUCCAAUCAACGGGACGCUUCGCUCAGUGUCUCCCCUACCUUUGAAAGAUGGCGAUGUAGCGACGUUUCUAGGACCCAAUCAGAGUCCGAAGGAGCUGGCUUGGUCGUGGUCCGAGAACGGGGUAUUCGAGCUGGUUGCUGACGAAGAAGUGCUGGCGAUGGUGCAAGAUGCAUGGGCCUUCAAGAUCACGUAUACCCGACGCAUCGAUCAAAUGAACCACUCCGCCUUACCAAACGAGUAG